AUGAUAUUUUUCAAACGUUAUUCAUUAUUAAAUAUUAUUAUUCGUCGAUGUUUAUCAUCAUCAUCAUCAAAAGGUCCUACACUUUAUGAAACAUUAAAAGUUAUUGAAAUUUCACCAGAUAUUUUUAUUCAACCUGCUGAAACUUUAUUUGUUUAUCCUUAUCGUACAAGUGUAUUUGGUGGACAAAUAAUUGGUUCAGCUAUUUAUGCUGCACAAAAAACAAUAGUAAAAAAUCAUCCAUUACAUAGUCUUCAUUCAUAUUUUCUCGCAGCAGUUGAUAAUUCAUCAGCAAUAACAUAUACAGUUAAAAGAUUACGUGAUGGUAAAUCAUUUGAAGCACGUAGUGUUACAGCUAUACAAGAUGAUAAAAUAAUUUUUGAAUGUAAAAUGAGUUUUCAUCGUAAAGAACAAGGAAAUUUAGCACAUCAACCAAUAAUGCCUAGUAUUGGUGUUAUUCCACCUGAAGAACUUUGUUCAACAAGACAACGUUUUCAAAGUCUUCUUAAUGAUAAACGUCUACCAACUGAAGUUCGACCAUUUGUUGAAUUAGCUCUUGAAAUGCCUAUACGUAUUGAUAUUCGACAUUGUAAUCCACGUGAUUUACUUACACCUACAUCAAUAUGGCCAGCACGACAGCUUAUUUGGAUUAAAGCUAUUGAACCAUUACCUAAUGAUUCACAUUUACAUCGAGCUGCUGUAGCUUAUUGUAGUGAUCGUGUAUUAUUAACUACAGCAUUUCUUCCCUAUGCAAUUAAUAUAUUUAGUUCACGUAUUCGAAUGCAAGCUUCACUUGAUCAUUCAAUGUGGUUUCAUGAUGAUUUUGAUUUUGAUUCUACAUCUUCAAGUAAUCAAUUAACAGAUAAACAAAUUAAACGAACUAAAGAUAUUCCAUCUAUUCCACCUAAAACAUCAGUACGUGCUGAUGAUUGGUUACUCUAUGAAUUAGAAUGUCCAAUAGCUAUGCAUAAUCGAGCAUUAACUUUUGGACGAAUAUGGACUAGAUCUGGACGACUUAUUGUCACAUGUGCACAAGAAGGUGCUAUUCGUUGUAAUUAA